AAAGAUUGUUUGUUCUUUCAACUUCCACUCUUCUAAGAAUAAAAUAACUGCCACUCCCUCUCUCAUUUUCCACUCCCUCGAAUCAAACACCAAAGCCAGCCAGCCAGCCAUCUCUUUCUCUGGACUUUCAGAGAAUUUUUUUUUUUUAGUAAAUGCUUUUAAAAUCUCAAAUUUAUAAGCAAAUGAUAUUUUCAGUUUCUGCUCUUCUCUGGAAAAUUCUCUGAAACAAUGAGAGGCUCUUCCAUCAGUCCCAAAGAGCCCCGUCACCGCGUGUCUGCUUUCUCUGAAGACACAAGCAGAAGGGGGUUUCAAAGAAACAAGGUUUUUAAAGAUGUUGAGAAGGACCUCAACGUUCCCAUCCGAUACAGGAACUGGAAUUGCAAGAUAUCUACCUUGAAAGCUGUGCUGGUUAUAAUUCUAUUGGGAACUCUCUUCACACUCCUGUGCUACCCUGCAGUUUAUGUUUCAGAUCGUCCAUCCAAUUCUGCAUCCCGGUCUGGUUUUGUAGACAGAUGGAUAAGUGACAGUGCUGCCUAUGAUCCUCGCUACAUAUCACUGUUGGAUGUAAAUUGGGACCAAAUCUCGACUAUUAUUGAGAAACUGACUGACAGGGAUGAAUAUCAGGGAAUUGGCCUGCUGAACUUCAAUAAUAGUGAAACUGAUCAAUGGAAGCAGCUGUUACCAGAUGCCGAGCACGUUGUUCUGCAAUUGGACCAUGCGGCAGAAAAUAUAACUUGGGAGUCCCUGUACCCUGAAUGGAUAGAUGAAGAAGAAGAAUUUGAGGUUCCUAAUUGUCCGUCUCUACCUAAUCUUCAGGUUCCGGAAAAACCACGGAUUGAUCUUAUUGCUGUCAAGCUUCCUUGUAACAAGCAAGGAAAGUGGUCAAGGGAUGUUGCACGCUUACACUUUCAACUAGCAGCUGCAAGGCUUGCCUCAUCUUCUAAGGGGAUUCGCCCAGUGCAUGUGCUUUUUGUGACUGACUGCUUUCCCAUCCCAAAUCUUUUUACUUGCAAGGACCUGGUUGCACGUCAGGGGAACGCUUGGCUUUAUACACCCAACCUGCAUAGGUUAAGGGAAAAGAUUCAACUGCCUGUUGGGUCAUGUGAGCUUUCGGCUCCUCUCCAGGCUAAAGAGUAUUUUCAUUCAGAGAGGGCAGGCCGUGAAGCCUACGCAACAAUCCUACACUCUGCUCAUGUUUAUGUUUGCGGGGCAAUUACUGCUGCCCAGAGUAUCCGCAUGUCAGGUUCAACUAGGGACCUUGUGAUACUCGUUGAUGACUCAAUCGGUGAUUAUCAUAGAGGUGGAUUGGAGGCUGCUGGGUGGAAAAUUUACACAAUCCAAAGAAUCAGGAAUCCGAAAGCUGAACCGGAAGCAUAUAAUGAAUGGAAUUAUAGCAAGUUUCGUCUUUGGCAGUUGACUGAUUACGACAAGAUCAUUUUCAUUGAUGCUGACCUUCUUAUACUUAGGAAUAUUGAUUUCUUAUUUGAGAUGCCUGAAAUUUCAGCUAUAGGGAAUAACGCUACGCUUUUCAACUCUGGUGUGAUGGUCAUUGAGCCAUCGAAUUGUACAUUCCAGCUUCUAAUGGAUCACAUCAAUGAAAUUAAAUCCUACAAUGGUGGAGAUCAGGGGUAUCUUAAUGAAAUCUUCACCUGGUGGCAUCGGAUUCCGAAACACAUGAACUUCUUGAAGCACUUCUGGGAAGGUGAUGAGGAGGAGAAGAAACAAAUGAAGACUCGACUCUUCGGAGCCGAUCCUCCAAUCCUUUAUGUCAUCCAUUAUCUAGGAAAUAAACCAUGGCUAUGCUUCCGGGACUAUGAUUGCAACUGGAAUGUGGACAUUUUGCAGGAAUUUGCCAGUGAUGUUGCUCAUAAAACAUGGUGGAAGGUGCACGACGCCAUGCCAGGAAAUUUACAGAAGUACUGUUUACUUCGGUCCAAGCAGAAGGCGCAAUUAGAGUGGGACCGGAGGCAAGCCGAGAAAGGGAACUACACAGAUGGUCAUUGGAAAAUUAAGAUAAAAGAUAAGCGUUUAAAGAAAUGCUUUGAAGAAUUCUGUUUCUGGGAAAGUAUGUUAUGGCAUUGGGGUGAAAAGAACUGGACAGAUAAUGCAACUUCUACCCCAUCACUCCCUGCUACCAACAAGGCAUCUCUCUCUUUAUUAUGAAUUUUUUUUCCAAACAUAUUUUCUGGGCAGAUCACGUAGUCAACAGUUCAAUGAAAAAUAUACACUUUCGAGUUCCAUUAUGGUUAUUUGAAGAUAUAAA